GGCGCGAUAAUGUCCUUCGCAAAAAAAACAUUACUACGGAAAGCUCUAAAGUCUAUGUAGUGGGAGCCGACUCCACUGACUCUAGACGCAUACCUUUCCGGGCGGAACACAAGCCUUCCGUAUAGGAACAUCAUGCUACGUGUAUGGGGCAGCUUUGCCCGGCGGCUUGAGUCACUGCGUCCCUCUGGCGCCAACUUUCGUUCAGCAUCGCGGCAGCAUGACGAGGGCACAGAAGUCGCAGCAGCUGCAGUAGUAUCGCGGACCGGUGGAGAAGCAACAACUUCAUAUGAUCUUGCUGCUAAUCGACAAGCGGGCUCGGAAGCGGCAGACUGGUGGCCCCUACAAUCAGUCACCAUCUGCUCGCCGCCAGCUCAACAGGAUGAUUCCCUCAUGGCGUCUACUUCAUCUCCGACGUCGUCUCCUUCGAAGUCGUCGCGGGGCCCUCUUCAGUUGUCAGCCGGCGGUGUAGCUUUUCCGCCACACCCGGGGAUGCGUGCUCGGCAGCCUCCAAGCUGGAUGACCGUUGCGAUGGUCGGCAGCACCUCACAAGUCGCCUUUGAGGCCAGCGCCCUCCAGCAAAGCUCCAUCCAACAGGUCCGCUGUGCAGCUUCCUCUUCCAAGGCCAAAAGCGCAGGCGGCCGCGGUGGUGCAGCGGCAGCGACCGAGGCCAAGCCGCCUCGCGUGAACACCCCCGAGUGGGCGCGCAUGCCCGCACAAUUGGAGGACCUCCAGGAGCUCUUCCGGCGGCGUAAGGCCCGCCUGUUCAAGAUGCGCGACCAGCUGCAGGCAGAGGCUGCGGAGGCGGAGCGGGGCGGCUGGUCCAAGACGGCGCAGCGGGACGCCGCACUCGCGGCAGCAGCUGCGUUGCCAGUACCCCCGGCGGACGGUGGUGUUGCUGAGCUGGCUGCCGCCACCGCCGCCAGCACCCCCUUCGAGGCGGCGCUGGCCACCAUGAGCGACAUGCUGCGGAGGGGCGUCGUGCUAGACUCCGAGUCCCACCUGGCCCCGCUGCUGCGCAAGGCGGGCAGCGAGGCCCAGCUGCAGGCGGGCCUGGAGGUGCUGCGGCGGAACCACCUGGUGCAGGCGGCAGCCAGGCUGGGGGCGCACGGGGCGGCGCAGGGGGGGCUGCAUGCGGUGCUGGUGCAGGAGUGCCAGCGGGUGGGCUCCGCGGCCCCGCUGGUGGCGCUGUGGGACUCGCUGUACGAGCACGGCAUGGAGCCGGGCGCUGCGGCGGCGGUGGCGGCGGUGCGGGCCGCGGUGGCGCUGCGGGACGGCCGGGCCGCGGCCACGCUGCUGGCGCUGACGUGCCAGUACAGCGCUGAGCCGCUGGCGGCGGGGGAGGCCACCCCGGUGCUGGCGCUGCUGGAGUCGGGCAACGCCGAGGAGGCUGCGACACUGCGGAACCUGCUGCCGCAGCUGGGCAUUCGGAUGUGAGCUAGUCCGCCAGCGCGAAUGGAGAGGAGCUAGGAGGAUGGUCGGGAGCUGGUCGCGGCGUGCUGCGGUGGAAAACAUGUGUUUGGUUCGGGUGGGGUAGCGGCAGUAGCGGCAAGCAUGGCUUGCCUGGUGCGGUCCACGGCUGGGGACGGGCUCUAUUGAGCAUGCAACGGUUUGUUUACGGGUUAUGUGAUGAGGUCAGGAGUCUCAUGCGUGCGUGCGUCGAAGAAGGCCGUUGCUUAGUCGAGCCGUGGGGGCUUUGAUUUGUGGCAAGGGAAUCGCGUGAGUGAGGUGACGUGGCUGGCUGACGUAAUGCGUGCGGUAAGCGGGAAUUCCGGGGGAGAGGGUACAUGCUUAGUACGGGUGUGCACGAGGGUGCACGCGUCAGGUACUUGUGGUACGCGCUGUGGUUAUUCACGGCUCAUGAUCUUAGCCGUCCCCAAGUGCGAACGUUACGCCAUGCCAAGCUUGUAUUUGGCGGUGUAAUCGUAUUGACAAGGAGCAGUCGCCGCGGGCCCUUACCCACUAUGCGCCUACAGACAGAGAAGUAGCCUAGGCUAAUUGAUUAUUACGUGCCAACACGGUAAACGCUUUCGCGCGUGCACCUUAUCGCCGCCACUAAAUGUGUGUGUCGAUGGUCUUUCUUCUCCCACAAACUGUGUCGUACGUCUGCAGCCAACAACAACCACCUCCAUUUCACUUCAC